GUCCGAAACGGAGGCCCAUAUUUUGGACCGAAGAACGCCGAUUUCUGGUUCAACUUUCUUAUUUUUUUUCAGCUCUGCAAACGAACGUCGUAGAAGUCAGAGGGAGAUCAUCAUCCUUCUUUCACUCCCUUUCUAUCUUCGUGCUGGGGCGGGCAUCUCUUUCCAGUUCUUUGCAUCUCAAAGCUCAAUCAAAUUCUGGUAAUUUCGACAAAUCUUCGCGAAUCAAAUCCACACCGAAGAUCUAUUUCAAGCCGCGGAUUGAAUCAUUUAUGUUUUUCUCGCCGAUUCAUUGUUUCAAAUUCCCAGGAAAGGAAAAAUAAAGAAAUAAAAAGAUGGGAGUGAAACAGGCAAUCAAAGCAAUAGAUGCUUUUCCCCGUGCUGAAGAGCAUUUGUUGCAGAAGACCAAAUCUGGCGCCCUUGUCUCUAUUGUCGGGUUAGUCAUCAUGGCAACACUUUUCUUGCACGAACUAAGAUAUUAUCUUACCACAAAUACGGUUCAUCAGAUGGCUGUUGACUUGAAACGCGGGGAAACUCUCCCCAUACACAUCAAUAUGUCAUUCCCUUCUUUGCCUUGUGAUGUUUUGAGCGUCGAUGCAAUUGACAUGUCUGGAAAGCAUGAAGUAGAUCUUGAUACUAAUAUAUGGAAGCUUCGUUUAAACCGUGAUGGCUACAUUAUUGGCACUGAAUAUGUAUCAGACCUGGUGGAGAAGGAACAUUCAAAGGAGCAUUCGGGUCACAACCAUGAUGAUCAUAAAGACCAUCAGAAAGAUUUACACCUGCAAGGUUUUGAUGAAGAAGCAGAAAAAUUUAUUAAAAAAGUUAAGCAAGCAUUGGAUAACGGAGAAGGAUGCCGGGUGUAUGGUACUUUGGAUGUUCAACGUGUUGCUGGCAACUUUCAUAUAUCUGUCCAUGGCCUUAACAUUUUUGUUGCUCAAAUGAUUUUUCAAGGGUCUAAUCAUGUUAAUGUAAGUCAUGUCAUCCAUGACUUAUCAUUUGGCCCAAAAUAUCCCGGAAUCCACAACCCUCUAGAUGGAACGGAGCGGAUUCUGCAUGGGGCAAGUGGAACUUUCAAAUAUUAUAUAAAGAUUGUUCCUACUGAAUACAGAUAUCUGUCGAAAGAAGUUUUACCUACUAAUCAAUUCUCUGUGACCGAGUAUUAUUCCCCAAUACACGAGUUUGAUCGGGCAUGGCCAGCUGUGUACUUUUUGUAUGAUUUAUCACCAAUCACUGUUACUAUCAGAGAAGAACGCCGAAACUUUCUCCACUUCAUCACCCGGCUUUGUGCUGUUCUUGGUGGUACAUUUGCCUUGACAGGAAUGCUGGACAGAUGGAUGUAUCGGUUUGUUGAAGCAGUGACAAAGCCAAACAGUAGAAAUAUUGUUAGGUAAAUUUUGCCCAACCUGAUGGAAAUCGCAGUGUAUUAUUAACUCUUGGAGCGCAUCUAAUAUGCUUCCAUUGUGGUUUCGUUAGUAUUCUUCUGCAAAACUAACUUCCCAACAUUGUAUUUCAACACAUACAUAUUUAUUAUAUAUACGUACAUUGAUUAAAAGCUAGAAUUAUGG